UAGAACACCAUUGUUCUUAUCUUCGGUUGGGCCGAUUGGUAGCGUUCGCCGAUCUACGCGUCCUCCUUAAUAAAAUUUUAAUUUAUGGAGUUAAUGAAUAAUCCAUUAGCUCCGAGCUCAAUUCAUUCUACACUAUCAUUAGUUAUGACUGAUACAGUAAAUAUUAGUAAUGAUGUACCUGAAAUAGUUGCUAAUUUAGUUCCGGUUCAUAUUGAAUAUUCUGGCUCAGCAAAUACUCAAGAAUACUUUACUGAUUCAAAGAUUAGAGAAGAUGGACAUGAAGUGGCCUAUUUCAGAGGUUGUAAAUUGGUUGGAAAUAAUGUUGACUUUGCUAAUAAUUACACUGCAUAUGUCAUGAAUAAGUCGGAAUCUUUAAUACGAAUCCAAGACAAUGGUAAUAAUGAAUUUAAUGGACUUGAAGAAACUGUCAAAUCCGUCAAUUCAUACAAUCCUGUUGGAAAAUUUACUAGCAUAAAUGUAUAUGGUCAUGAUGCACCCCUCUCUCAAACCAAUCAAUGGCAAUUAGUUAAUGAAUGGCAUGAUAUUAGUGAGAUCAUUCAUUCCUAGUCGUUGCUGUUAAUAGAAAUAUUUAUAGACAGAGGCGUGAAUUUUAUCAUUAAAUAGAAAUUUUAUGAAAUUGCAGUUACAGCCAUUUCAGAUUUAUUUAUGUAUUAUAGUUGUAUUAUAGUUUUAAUGAGAAGUAGAUAUUUAC